UUUUAGCUUCGAAAAUGUAAACACACUUAUACUAAUACCUUUAGCAAGACACAUUGUUGUAUGUAUAAUGAGUAUGUGGCUGCAUUUCGGCGCAAAAUAAGAAAACCAUAGUUAUGAAUGGUCAAAACCAGUGUCCCUGUACUUUUGGGUAAGGUACACAUCUGCUUUCUGUUGAUGUUUACAAGGAGAGCGACAACACUAUGAAACUUGGUGACAGAUGCAUGUCAGAAUGGUAUACCUGUUCCUAGUUUUCAUGACCAGACAUUUAUCCACUUGUGAUGUGUAACAAUGGGAGUUACAAAGCUAUGGACAUUGUUGAUGGAUUCUUGUCAGAAUGAUAUAACUGUUUCCAGUUUACAUGGUCAAACUAUUGCAGUAGACUUAAGUUCCUGGAUCUGUGAACUGAAGAGAAUACAAAUCGCACAAACAAUACCAAAUCUGUACCUCAAGAAUUUGUAUUACAGAACAACAUAUUUCAUGAAGCAAGGCAUCAAGCUGGUAUUUGUUGAAGAUGGAACAGCACCAGAAAUAAAAAGGACAGCUUUGGCACAAAGAAACAAGAACAGAAACACAAAUCUUGAUAGGAUAGGAUUGAAAAAUAUAUCUGAAAAAUGCAGGGAGUUGUUAAACAACCUUGGGUUACCAUGUAUACAGAGUUUAGGAGAAGCUGAGGCCUUUUGUGCUCAACUUAAUUAUGCUGGAGUAGUAGAUGGUGUAUUGACAUCUGAUGGAGAUGCCCUGUUAUAUGGUGCUAAAAAGGUUUAUAGAAACUUUAAAAUGGAUGUUGGGACUGUAGAUUGUUGUGAUAUGGUUGAAGUAGAAAAGAAGUUAAACAUUGAAAGAAGAGGUCUAAUUACCAUGGCAAUGUUAUCUGGAUGUGAUUAUGAUAAAGAUGGUGUACAAAGUGUUGGUGUACAGAAAGCCUAUGAAUUUAUUCAACUCUGUACACAGUUAGGUGUUGAUCCACUGACCAGGAUCAUGACUUGGAGAACAAACAGUGAACUGAAGACUUUACAGAAAGUAAGAGAAAGUCCACAGAAGAAACCAUCACAUUGUAAUGUGUGUAAACAUUUAGGAAGUAAGCCAGACCACUUUAAGAAUGGUUGUGUACCAUGUGACACAGAACAAUCAUGUGACCAAGAUAAUCAAGUCAGCUGUACAUGUGAUAGUUGUACUGUUGAUCUCCAUAAGUUUGAAUUGAAUACUAGAGAAAAAGCCUUGAGAGAUCCUGGUUUUCCUAAUCAAAUGAUAGUUGAUGAAUUUCUGCAGUCUACAAACGAAAUGCCUUUAUCUCACCUGGAAUGGAAACCAGUCAAAGUAUCUAGUCUAAAAUUCUUCCUCCAAAACCACAUACGAUGGACAAAUGUAGAAUUCUUUAAUAAAAUAUCUGAACUUCUGGUAAUUUUACAAGUCAAUGGUAUGGAAUGGACAGUAUCAGAAAAACUUACACCUGUAAGAAUUGUGAGAAAGAGUACAUUGAAAAAGACUCCUUCUGUUAUUGUUGAGUGGACAAAACUAAGCAAUGAUACUGUUACAGAGAAUUCUCAGGUUAUAACAGUAUCUGAAGAAAACUUUUCAAGACACUAUCCCAGUAUGUUACAAGAAUUUAACAGGAGAAAAGAAGAAGAAAAGACACAAAAACUUGAAGAAAAGAAUGUCAAUAAAAAAGGAAAGAAGAGAAAAGAUACCAAAAGUAAUAAGGGACAGAGAUCUAUUACAGACUGUUUUGCUAUCACUAAAAAAGCUAGGAGGUCACCAACCCCUCCAGUUAAACAUACUGAAAGUUCUUCAGAGGAAGAUAUUGACCAUAUAACUAUCACCAAACCAAAGAAUGCUAAGAGGUCACCAACCCCUCCAGUUAAACAUACUGGAAGUUCUUCAGAGGAAGAUAUUGACCAUAUAACUAUCACCAAACCAAAGAAUGCUAAGAGGUCACCAACCCCUCCAGUUAAACAUACUGGAAGUUCUUCAGAGGAAGAUAUUGACCAUAUAACUUUCACCAAACCAAAGAAUGCUAAGAGGUCACCAACCCCUCCAGUUAAACAUACUGGAAGUUCUUCAGAGGAAGAUAUUGACCAUAUAACUAUCACCAAACCAAAGAAUGCUAAGAGGUCACCAACUCCACCAAUGAAAAACACUGAAAGUUCUUCACAGGAAGAUAUUGACCAUAUAACUAUCACCAGACCAAAAAAGACUAUAUCUGCUAUAGCUUUCAGUAAACAUGCUAGCAGUUCUAAUCAAAUAUAUGAUGAUGACCAUACUGCUUUCACCAAAAAGGAUAGAUCUUCUCCAUUUAAACAUGCUAGCAGUUGUAAACAAAUGUUUGACAUUGAACAUACAAGUUUCACCAAAAAGCCUACAUCGUCUCCAUUUAAACAUGCUAGCAGUUGUAAACAAAUGUUUGACUUUGAACAUACAAGUUUCACUAAGAAGGCUAUAUCUUCUCCAUCCAAACAUUCUGGUAGUUCUUCAAAGGACUGUGAUGUUAUUGUUAUUGAUUAAUUAGUGAUAUUUAUAGUGAUUUUUAAGUUUAAGUAGUAAAUGAAAGUUAGUGAUAGAGAGAAAGAGAUAUGUUUAUGUUUGUAGUUAAGUAUAUUGUUGCUAGAUUUCUUUUUUUACAGACAUGUGACUUUUCACAUAUUUGUUAUCUGAUGCAAUCUUUUUUCACUGGUGUUAAUCAAAGAAUUUUAAUGUUUUUUACAUUGUUUACGUGAACACAAAACCAGCGUUAAACAAUUUAUUUUUUGUAAAACCAAAAAGAUCAAAAUUGUUUUGUGAUAUUGUGCAUGUCUAUAUUUUAGUGAAAAAAGUAUUAGUUUGUUAGCAUUACAUGUUUUUUUUAAACAGAUUUUUAACAUCUAUAUAGCAUUGUUAAAACUAUAAAAUUUUUAAUAUUUUUAACAUCAGCUUUUUAAAAAUAAAAAUUUCAUUGAUUGCAUUUAUUUUUCUUUGAACAAUAUUUUUCAACUGCACGAUGUCAACUAGUAUCAUGGCUUGGUUAUGACUAUUCUGACGCAAAUCAGUAAAAGGCUUUAUACAACAAUAUUUUGCCCUACUCCUUUGAAGUUUUUUUCUUGCAAUAAUUUAAGAAAUAACUGAUAUUUUUUUUUUAUUUAUCUGGGUCCUGUACUGCAAUUCAUUCAAUAAAAAUUUCCCCAGAAAGUAAGAAUAAAUAUUGGCAACUCUGAUCUCAUCAAAAGUGAAAACUGCAUAGUCAUCUUUAGGAAAUAGUGGUUGAAUACACAACAGUGUAGAUUCCCAACAUCUGUGCAUGUUCAUGAAUAUGGAAUUAAAAUGAAGUAAAUAUAAUGUCUGAUAAAGUAUAUUUAUCAUUUUUGCAUGUGUUUUACCUCUAUGCAUUAGGAUUUACAAACAAAUUGACAAAGGCCUUUGCUAUAUACUAACCAAUGUUUUUUGUAUGUAUCUAGAAUGGUGAUGUACAUCAUUCUACAAUUGAAAAGUCUUUAUCCAUAUUUUUUAUGCAUUUUAAUGUUUUUGUACUGAUUUUUUUAAAACAUUUUGAUAGUGUGAAUUUUUCUCUUAUUUUUAUUUUUACAGCAAUAAAGAUAAGAUCUGACCACUGAUUAUUAUUAUAGUAUUUGAUAUUGUUGAUAUUAUAAGAAGUAUUAAUGUUUGUUAAAGUUAUGUUAUCUUAACAUAUAUGUAAUACUAGUUCUUAUUUGUUAUGCUUAUUUGUGACAAUCUUCUAUAAAUGCUUAUACGUAUACACUUUUAUAUCCCAUAUUUUUAAUGUUUUGUGUCUGCUAAAAAUCAAAUCCAAACAUCUGUGAUCAUACAAGAAUAAUGAAUAUUUUUUUCAAAAUGUUUGGGCCUUUUUGAAGCAUAAUAUUUCUGUAUAAUACAAGGGUAAUGAAUAACUUUUCAGAAUAAUUUUGGCCUUUUUAAAGCUUAACAUUUGGGUAUAAAACAAGGGAAAUGAAUAUUUUUCAGAAUAAUUUUGGUCCCUUUAUUAGAUUAAUAUUUGGGUAUUAUACAAUCUUAACCCAUUUUUUGUCCAGAAUAUUUUGGCCUAUUUUAAACUUGAUAUUUGGGUAUGAAACAAGGGUAAUGACUGUUUUUUGCUGGAAUAUUUUUGGCCUGUUUUAUCUUGAUAUUUGGUUAUGAUACAAGGGUAAUGAUUAUAUUUUCAGACUACCUUGCUCGUUUUUGAAUCCUUGUUUUUUUGUAAGUUCUGAAAAAGGUGCUGUUUUAAUGAAUGUGAAAUAUUAAAAAUGUUUCUUUAGCUUAAAGGGGCACUAGCUGUCAAAUUUCUUUGACUCAAAUUCUCAUAUUUGAUUUAUAACCAUGCUAAACAUUUAUUCAAAUUAUAAAAGUCUUAAUAAACAAUUUACAGGGCAUAGGCCUCGAAAAUAUGUAGCUUCCUUUUGUGUAUUUUAUCUCGAAGCCAUCUUAAUAUCUAUCGAGUUGACCUCCAAAGACCUCCAAUUGUCAUUUAAGCGAAUAAACAUAAAUAUAGAUAUACAAUAUAUGUAUGUUGUCGGAAAAUAUCAAAUUUAUUUGUAUGAGCUUUAGAAACAGGACGAAAAGCGUGGCUCUGCCAUGCUUUUCUCCUGUUUCGUAGCGAGUACAAAUAAAUUUGAUAUUUUCCAACAAUGUACAUAUAUUGUUUUUAUCUUGAAAUUUACACCCAACACUUAAAACUUUCCAUGUCAAAUGUAAAUUUCAAUGAAAUUGACAGUUUAAAUGCUGACCACGGAGAGGACCCCAAAAAUGAACUGGUUUGCAAAAUGAAAAAUCCCGUGCUCAACUUGGAGGCAGGAUAACAGGAGACUUUAUUUGUACCUGUUAUUUGUACAAUAUUUGUACCUGUUAUUUGUACAAUAGACAGCUAAUUGCAGGAUACAUAUAAAUAGAAAGAGAACUUGUGCAAUUGGAUUUUUCUGGGUCUGUUUAAUUUCGUAUUAUAGAUGGAAAAUAUAUGUAAAUCAUUGGUUUUUCCUGUAUAAGAAAGAUUUUUUGUCAAUCUUAUUAGUCAAUAAAAUUUAACUUUCAAUGUUGACUUUCUUUUCCUUUAAAAAUCUGAGCAUGCAAAAUUCAUGCGUUAUCUCUCUAUCUAAGGGGUUAAAUUGAAGUUCACAUGAAUAUUGAUUCAAUGAGGUCUAACUAUUGACUUGCAAGUGAAUAAUUCAUCAUCAAUGUUUUUAGCUUAAUUUGACAAAAUUGAACCAUGCUGACUGCUAAAAGCAAAUUAUUAUUUCACUAUUUAAUGUUAAUUUAUGAUUGAACCAGAAAAAUCAUACUUUAAAUGUUUUAUAUAACUGGCAGCUAGUGCCCCUUUAAUGCAUCACAUCUAUCAUAUAGCCUGUCUUUUGUUUUCUCCAUCAGAGACCAUAUGACAUUAACAUUAACAAUUAAAGGUCACACUGUACAUCCUUCCACCAAUGAGCAAAACCUGUACCCAUAGUUAGAUAUAAAUGGCCCUGAAAUUCUUAAGCAGGAAAUUGGAUUAUCAACAUAUCUUGACUCAUUCACAUACACAUUUUUUUCAAAGUAAGGAACAAUGUAAAUAUACAUUAAGUUAAGUCUGCCAAUUGAUAUUUUAUCAUAUGUUUUUCUAUGUUGUGAUGUUAUGCUAUUGUUUCAGAAAAAGGGAGAAGGUUUGGAUCCAUUAAAACAUUUAAUCCCGCUGCAAAUGUUUGCAUGUUUAAUGUUAUAUUUGUAAUU